AUGAUGGUCCACCGAAUCCCCAGCGGCGGCGGCGGGCCGCCCGCGGAGGGGGCAGCAGCAGCAGCAGCAGCAGCAGGAGCGGCGGCUGUGACCCCCGCUGCUGCGGUGGCCGCCGGCGGCCCCGCCGGGGCUGCGGCGGCCGAGGCGGCAGUUGCAGCCAAGGCGGCGGCCGAGGCGCGCCCGAAGCCCGCUGCAGCCGCGGCCGCGCCCUCGUGUCCCUCGCGGCGGCGCCCCCAGCACCUGCUACCCCUGGAGGUCUGGGCCCGCGGCCCGUCCGCCGGCCCGCUCGCCGCCGCCGGCGGCGCGGCCGCGGCGGAGGCCCUCCAAAAGGCAGUCCCGGCGGCGACUAAGCAGCAGCUGCGCGACCUCUGCGCCCGAUGCCUGUACCGCACGCUCACCAGCUACGCGCGCGUGCACGGCAUGGGCGCGAUGACGGUGGUGCUGACGGGUGAUAUACCUGCCAUGUGGACGCGGGACUCGGCGGUACAAAUGGCGACCUACCUCCCGCGCAUUAGAAAGCGGCCAGCCCUGAGGCGUGUUGUGGAGGGGUCCAUCCGCGCGCAGGCUUUCUUUCUGCUGCAGGACCCCUGGGCCAACGCCUACAACCCGGCAUACAAGCUGCCAUCCACAGGAUCCAAGCUGGACAGGCAGCUGGGCCGCGGCGGCUGGGUGUGGACGCGCAACUUCGAGCUCGACUCCAUAGGCUACUAUUUCAACUUUCUGUGGAACUGGUACGCCACCCCCGAGAUCUGGGGCCCCGAGCAGCUGCUGAACGAGGCCGUCAUCCACGACGCCGUGGUGGUGUGCCUCAAGGUGAUGGUGAUCGAGCAGCGCCACAAUGAACUCAGCCCCUACCGCUACUCAGAGCUGGCCAACAACGGCAUAGGGCCGGCCAACAACUACACUGGCAUGGUUUGGAGCGCGUUCCGCCCCAAUGAUAACCCCCCAACCAACCCCUUCCACCACCGCACCCCCUACCACUCCCCCAAAAACGACGACCUCGCCCCCAGGCAUGGUCUGCAGCGUGUUCCGCCCCAGUGA